UCUCUCUCUCUCUCUUUCUCUCUCCCUAAGUGUAUAUUGGGGGAGGGGAGGGCACAUAAUUGGACCUGCAUGGUGCACAUUUUUGCAUUGUAGUCUAUCUAUCUAUCUAUCUAUCUAUCUAUCUAUCUAUCUAUCUAUCUAUCUAUCUAUCUAUCUAUCUAUCUAUCUAUCUAUCUAUCUAUCUUCAUGUAUACACGUUGGAAAUGCAGUGGGGAUGUCACGUUGAGCAUGUAGGCGUCUGCGUAGACGUUCUAUUCUCCUAAAAACCUGUUUAUAAGGGAGGUGUGUAAAUAGAGCAGCACAGACGCGCGCAAUGAGGCGUUACCCCUCCUCUCUCUCCCAAUCAAUCACAAGGAGGGACAGUGGCCUCUUUUGAUUAAAAACGCCAAAUUGUCAUUGGGUGGAUGCAAUCAUGUGACACGUCGGACGCUCUGAUUCCGAGCCAUGUCUUUUGGAAAGCAACAGUUCUUGGAUUAUAGAAAUCCCCGAACGACUCUGUCCACUUUAGCGGUGUAUAAUUAAUUUCACGAGUUUUAAAUGACUCAUCUCCCAAAAGCGGCUCGUCCGAAACCGAGAAGAAGAAGAAGGAGGAGGAGGAGAUGAAUUACGCAUUUGGCCUAGAAAGUGGUUUUAUCAACAGCCAGCCAUCGCUCGCUGAGUGCCUGACAUCCCUCCACGUCCGCGAUGCGUUCCAGAUCGCAUCCAUCAACAACUCGACGCUGAUUCCUUCUCGUCCUUCGCGGGACCAGCUGGCGAGGGGCUCUAGAAGCCCACAGCAUGCCGCAGCACCUUCCGUCGCCGCGCAGUACGCGUGGAUGAAAGGGAAAAAAAGCACCAAGAAACAACAGACUCCUGCAGGCUCUCCUCCACUGCAAGCUUCACCAGAGUUAAUAAACGAGGGCGGUUGUCCCGCCACGUCCUGCAGGGGGUUGAGGACGGCGUACACCAACACGCAACUUUUGGAGCUGGAGAAAGAGUUCCACUUCAACAAGUACCUGUGCAGACCCAGGCGAUUGGAGAUAGCCUCCUCGUUGGAUUUAAGCGAGAAGCAGGUGAAAGUGUGGUUCCAGAACCGCAGGAUGAAGCACAAAAGACAAACUCACUGCAAGGAGAACCGGGCGAGCGAAAGCAAAUACGCGGAGGACUUUUUGGAAGAGGAGGCACAGGCGCUUCCUCCCAAGGGGGUGAGGUACUUCCAGCAAAAUACUUUCGAUUCACAACCCUGUCCUAAUAGCCACAAUGGCCACAAUGAUUCGACUUUGUGCACAAGUGAGAAAAAUGUGAAAGCUCCUCCGAACACGAACUGCACGGCUCCCAUCUUUGCGUUAACAAUAGGUCCGGACAAUGAUCACUCCGCAGGCACGGACGACUCUUUGCCGGAACUUUACUUAUGUCCCUCCUCGUUCUCCCCAAACUGGUCCAAUUCGACCCAAAGUCCACGGCCUUUAUCACCUGAAACUUUGGAGCUUUUCUCAGAAACACAACUGUGGACUUGCACAAUUUGAGCUAUUGAAGGGGUUUUGGUUUCACAUGAAUUUUCUAUAAAGUGUUUAUUGUCAUGGAAAGUUAUGUCAUAAAUGACAUAAAUAAGGUGAAGAAAAACAAAAACGACAGCUGACAUGGACUUCGGGUAUUUGAUUUGUAUACAUACAGGCUAUUUGU